AUGAUGCAUUCCCCGCUGUCACAAACACAGUCGUCAUCCUCGUCGUUGGCAGGGUCCAACUCUCUUACCGACCGUCUCACUAUGAUGAACAUCCAGACGCAGGACCUCCAAGGCGCCGUGUUUUACGGCUGGCUCUGGAAACGUGGUCAAUCAUUCAAGACGUGGAAAAAGCGCUUUUUCUUGCUCAACGGCGUCGCAUUGACGUAUUAUUCGCAGUGCUGCGUCAUUGCAUCGGGUGCCUUGGGAGGAGGGACCCAAUGUCUCGACUUGCCUGUGAAGGGAGGACUGCGAGUCGCCAAGGUGGAAAUGUCAGACUUGACGAGUUUUGGGCUUAAAAUAACCAGCUCCAGUGGACGUGUGCUCUAUGUGCAAGCAGGAGAUCAGGAAUCUCGUGCGCAGUGGAUUAAAGUGCUGAAGGAGGCGCCACAACUACGAGAGGAGAUGAUGGGACGGAUGGCUAUGCGUAAGACGACGAUCAGCGACUUGCCGAGCCAACGGUCAUGCCAGGAAGAAGGUAAUUCAUGCUUUACAACAGGCAUGAGUGUGCUCAGUAGUGACGACGAAGAAGACGGACAGGGUUAUGAUAUGCAAGGCUACUUGUACAUGCGGGGUGGGCUACUGCCCGGCUGGAGAAAGCGUUUCAUGACGCUCACAGAUGGUCACCUCACGGUCCGACGCAACCAAACGCCCCGCAACUCGAACGUACAAGAAGCAUACAAGCCAGUCGAGGUGCUAACAGCUGUACAAUGGAGCGGUCAUGCCAAUGGAAUUUGUAUUCGUCUGGGUAACAACAAGGAGAUGUUUGUGUACGCUGACCAUGACGCUGAUGCGUCCAUGUGGUUGGCUGCACUGAAGAGCUGCUAA